CGUCAUUGCGGUAUCGUUGUUUUCUUAUCUCGAACUUCAUCUUCCCCAUCAACAAUGAGUUAUUGAAAGCUCGUUAUCACCCCAAACUCAAACCUUAAAACCCUGCUCUUCUGUUCCGACAUCUUCCAUCCUCUUUUUUCCGACUCAUAGUGCUUUUGUUACUGCCAACGGUCUCGUUUCCUAGUUUUCCAUCGUUGCUAGGCAAGAUCUGACUCCGAGGAAUUCCCAUAUCCCACGUAACAUCCGGUCCGUUUGUCUCGACAGUUCACUUGCAUAACGCCGGUGUUACUCCUGGGAGAUAUCAGCCUCCAGCUAGAGCUGCCCUCGCUCCUCAUUCAAUCUCUCGUUUUUAAAGCGAGGAAAAAUCAACACCGAUGGCCGAACAACGUCAACAGCCAACCUCUCACCAAAAUGAUCCGGAAAAGCGUGACGUUCUGCCUCCGAUGGCGCCCCUAAUAGCCUCCCACCAUCCGCCGGGACCCCAUCGCUCCUACUCGGAACCUGUCCCGAUGAUCAACCAGCACCACCAUACUCGCCAGCCACCACGCACGGUGAACUCUUCAACUGACGACGACGACGAGGUCUUGGUCCGCGUCCUCGAUCCAUCCAAGCUCGAAGAAAACAUACCGUCGUUUGAGGACUGGAAACCCGGCAAGCAGGAGCUAGCAGUCAUGAUAACCAUGGCCAUCAUCAGUCUCAUGGUCGCGCUCGACGCCACCAUCCUCGUGUCCGUUCUGCCCACGCUGGCUGAAGACUUUGGGGGGACCUCGACCGACGCCUUCUGGGCGGGGACGUCCUAUCUCCUCACGUGCGCUGUGUGCCAGCCCUUCAUCGCCGCCUUGUCGGACAUCUUUGGGCGCAAGGAGAUGCUCUUCGUGAGUGUCCUGCUCUUCACUCUGGGCACGGCCCUGUGCGCACCCAUUGCCAAGGGGUUUGCAGUGUUCUUUGCUGGCAGAUCGGUGCAGGGAAUCGGAGGUGGUGGGAUUAUCACCAUGGGCCAGGUCAUCUUUGCGGAUAUCGUGCCGCUGAGACAGAGGCCAAAGUACUUUGCUAUUGUGCUGGGAGCGUGGGCGCUGGGGAGCGUGCUGGGACCGUUGAUUGGAGGACUGUUUGUUGAGCAUGCGAUUUGGAGGUGGUGCUUCUAUUUGAACUUCCCCUUUUGCGCAAUGGGCUUGCUUCUUGUGCCCGCCUUUGUCAAACUCACCACCAAGAAAACCUCUCUGGGCUCCAAGCUAGCCAGAGUCGACUGGCUCGGAGGCUUCCUCUUCAUUGGAGGACUGACCAGCUUCCUCGUCGGCAUGUCCUGGGCUGGUAUCCAGUUCGAGUGGCGCAGCGUGCAGACCAUUGUGCCUAUGACCGUUGGCGGCGUCAGUGUCCUCGCCUCCAUCGUUUGGGAGAAAUAUGGCGCUCGUGAACCCUUCCUUCGCGCAUCACUCUUCACCUCACGCUCCGCCAUCGCCGCCUACGGCUGCGCCCUGUUUCAGGGUCUCAUCCUGUUCUGCGCCCUCUACUACGUGCCCUUCUACUUUACUGCCGUCCGCUUCACCGGACCCACGCAGUCCGGCCUCAACAUUUUCCCCGUCACCUGCCUUCUCCUUCCAGGAUCCAUCGUCAUCUCCCUCAUGACCUCCCGCCUGGGGCGCUUCCGCUGGUCCAUCUGGAGCGGCUGGGUGCUCGCCACCAUCGGCUGUGGUCUGCUCCAUUACCUAAAGCAAGACACCAAGACCGCCGUCUGGGCCGUAAUCCUCGCCAUCUUCGGCAUCGGUCACGGCAUGCUCCUGACCAGCGUCAACGUCGGCAUCCAAGCCAUCAGCCGGGUCGAGGACGCCGGCAGCGCCGCGGCCAUGUACGCCUUCAUGCGCACGCUCGGCAUGUCGCUCGGUGUGGCCAUCGGCGGAACCGUGUUCCAGAACGUCAUGGUCAAGCGGCUCGAGCAGCUCGGCUUGCCCGCCGAGAUCGCCCACAACUCGGAGCAGUUCGUCAUGCAGAUGGUGGCCAUGGACCCCAACGAUCCCGUGCGGGUCGGCGCCCUCGACGCGUACGUCGUCGGCUUCCACGGCGUCUACUGGGUCAUCACUGGCGCCGGCGUGGCGGCGCUGAUCUGCAGCCUUUUCAUCCAGCACCACAGCAUGGAUAAGAUCCUGGAGUCCAAGUUUGUCCUGCGCGGCGCCAAGGUGCCGCCUGUCAUGUUCACUGAUGCAAGGCCGGGACAGACGGUUACGGCGCCGGCGCCUGUCUUGGCGGUUGUGUCGAAUCCACAUAACAAUCACAACCACCACGGUGGUAGUGCCGCUGCUGCUGCUGAUUCUCAUGCCACAAACGUGCCCGGACGUAACAGCGAAAGACUUCCCAGACUGUUCGGUGGCGGCGGCGGCGGCGGCGGUGGUGGUGGUGGUGGUGGUGCUGCUCACUCCCCUGUCCCAUCAAGACCAGCUUUGACAAAGUCCACCGGUUCAGAUACAGAUAGCACUAAUGGCAAAGAAGCGGUGGUAGAAGAGCACAACAACAAUGACGGUACCUACGACUGUGCCGCCUCCUCGUCUACCAGUACGGCGGAUAACAACAGGGCUCGUGGGCAGAAGCAAGCGCCACAGCAACCGCAGAAGAAGCAACCGCAGUCGCAAGAUGGAGGAGAAUCUACAUAUACCGACUCGGAGGCGGCAAGAUGGAAGCAAGCCGUGGCGGUGACCUAUUGCAAUGAGCCUGAUGGCCAAAGGUACCCCGUUUUUCUCUUUUCCGAGUCGAUCGCCUCACAGGCACAACAAGCACAGGAGGCUGCUGCUGUCAAUGCCCAUGUUUCAAACAACGCCGGCGCAGGCGGAAGCGGAAGCGGAAGCGGAACCUCCAACAGGCACUCGACGGUCUCUACCGCCUCCCUUUCUUCUCUUUCUUCUUCUUCUUCUUCUUCCUCCUCCUCCUCCUCAUCCAGUUCCGCGGACUCCAUCGGUUCAUCUAUCUCGUCCUCCUCCUCUUCGUCGUCUUCCUCGUCGUCGUGCAGCGCCAGCGACAAAGACAUCGGCAACAACAACCUUGCGUCGGACGUGGACGAGUCAUUCAGCAGCGACCUUUUUCCCGCCUCCGCUGCCGAGCUUCCCCGCGCGGGAAUCCUUGUAGUCCGCCAAGUCGAAGUCGUUUCCGUUCCGCGAGAGGAGGUCGAGGCGGUGAGGGAGGAGGAGAGGCAUGCUGAGAUUGAAAAGAUCCCGGGUUCUUCUUACGAUGGUAGUAACGGGGGUUUGUCCUCGUCGACGACGACGACGAGUGAACAGAGGCUGGAGAGUGAAAGUGGGAAGGUGGUUGUACCUACCGAUCUUCAGCAACAGCAACAACCACAAGAUCAACUACGGAAAAGUUCGCCAUCUCUAGAGGUUGGGACUUUGUACGAAGAAGAUGCCCAGUCGGACUUGAGCGAUGAGAUCACGGUAGCGGGACCGGGUGGGGUUAAUAGAGAGAUAUGGGACGCUUAGAUACGGCGUAUGUAUAAUCAACAUGGGGAGAAGAAGAAGCGAUGG